AUGACUUGGAUAUUACUCCUCCUCCUCACCCUCUGCCUCCUCCCUUAUCUGUGCUGGGGCCAGGUGUUCAACUUAACCCUGUCCCCCCAAGAGGGCCUCCCAGCGGGAACGAUCGUAGGAAACCUGGGGGCCGUCCUGAGCCAACCCAGCACUGGCUUCUUCAUCUCAGAAAGCCGGGAUUCUGAUGUUUUCAAGGACUUGGAAAUUGACGCAGACACUGGCAUAAUUUCCACUGCCAUCAUUUUGGACCGUGAAACCAGGGAUGGGUACGAGUUUGUGGCAGCUACAUUAACUGGCGAGAUGAUACGGGUGAAAAUUGAAGUCAAAGAUGUGAAUGAUCAUUUCCCAAAAUUCCCAACAGAAAAAUAUGACUUAGUAGUUUCUGAAUUGAGCCCGCUUGGAAGCCGCUUUAGGGUGGAUGGUGCUAGAGACCAAGAUGUUGGCGAGUUCGGGAUCCAAGGAUAUCGGAUUACACAAAGAAACAUGGCCGACCUCUUUGAAUUGGACUACCGCGCCAAUAUGGACACCACCCAUAGUCUUUAUCUAGUCUUAAGAACCAAACUAGACAGGGAAUCAUGCGACUUCUUUUCACUAACAGUUGAAGCAGUGGAUGGUGGAAUCCCUUCCAAAAGUGGUACAGUUCAGGUAAAUAUUCAUGUCCAGGACGAGAACGAUAACCCUCCAGUAUUCAACCAAACAGAGUACCACACUGUAGUUAUGGAAGAUGCAGAAGCGAUGGUUGCCGUGUGCCAGGUCCAUGCCACAGAUCAGGAUUUGGGUGAGAAUGGAAGAGUGACAUACGAGCUCAAGAGUAACCCCGGUGAGGUUUUCUACAUCAAUGAAAGUUCUGGAGUGAUCCAUCUGAACAAGCCCCUGGACUAUGAAGAACAGGCUUACUAUGAGCUGAUCGUCAUUGCCAGGGACAAUGGAGCCCAGCCAGAGUUCAGCAGUGCUUUCGUGGGCAUCAAGGUCCUGAACAUCAAUGACAACAGCCCCACCAUCCACAUCCUGUUCCUCAGUGAGUCCGGAGAGCCUACUGUGUCUGAGGCUGCCUCUAUUGGAGACUAUGUCGCCCGCAUCUCUGUGUCCGACCCCGACCUCCAGAACCAGCCAAUCAGCGUGCAGAUCCAGGGAGGAGACGGGAAGUUCACCCUCAAACAGACAGAUGACUUCCUGUAUGCACUGCGUGUGGAAUCGGAGCUAGAUCGAGAAGAAAAGGACUUGUAUGAGAUUAAAAUUCAAGCAUCAGAUGGUGAUUUGCUAAAUUCUGAAGAGGUUGUUUUGCUGAAAGUGCUGGAUGUCAAUGACUGUUAUCCAAAAUUUGAUAAAAAUAUAUACACUGUGAGCAUUCCAGAGGAUGUGCCACCUGGAAGUUCUCUUGUCCAAAUGCAAGCCAGGGAUGAAGAUGAACCAGGCCCGAAUUCCCAGAUUAAAUAUACAGUUCUGAGGUCUAACUGGGUCGGAUUGGUGAGUGUGGAUUCUCUGACCGGUCUGGUGGCCACAGCGGGGGCUCUGGACAGGGAGAGCCAGGCAGAGCUCUGGUUCCUGGUGGUGGCCUCAGACUCUGGAGAUCCGCCCCUGUCGUCCACAGCAACAGUGACUAUUCUCCUGGAGGACGUCAACGAUAACGAGCCCGUGUUCUCACAACCACGGUACGAUGUCAGCCUGCCAGAGCACAGCCCCAUCAACAGCUGCUUCUUACAGGUUGUGGCCACAGACUUGGACACGUCUGAUUUUGGCACACUGCAGUACUCUCUCACUGAUGGAUUUGAGCGCAUAGAGCAUCCACUUUUCUACAUCCAGCCCCACACUGGACACCUGUGCGUGUCCCAGAACAUAGACCGAGACCUGGGGCACACUGUCCACGACCUCCUAGUGAAGGCGCAGGACCUUGGAGGCCUCAGCUCUCAGACAUAUGUGCACAUAGACAUAGAGGAUUUGAAUGACAACGCUCCAGUGUUCAAUCCUACCCAGUACACAGUGAGCCUGAGCAGCCACUCCCAGCCCGGUACAGAGGUCCUCACGCUCAUCGCCACUGACCCCGACUCUGGUCUGUACGGUCAAGUGACCUACCACCUGCUGCCUGAAAACAUGUCCUCUCUUUUUACCCUGGACACACACACAGGAGUGCUGUACCUGGCGUCAGGCCUGAGUCACCUGGGAGCAGUGAGUGUGAGACUGUCCAUCAGCGCACAGGACGGGGGCGGCCUCAUCUCCUCCGCACCAGCAGAGGUUACUGUGCACGUCCUGAGCAGCAGCCAGGUCCCAGCUGUGUUCCAGAGGUCACGCUACACCUUCAGCGUGCCUGAGGACACCGUCCCGGGGACAUCUGUAGGAACUGUGCAUGCCACCCAUACAAACGGUUCUUGGGAGUCCAUAUCCUACCACAUCUCCUCCGGUGACCCCCUGGGCUGGUUCACAGUGCACCCUGAUACUGGCCUCCUCUCUACCCUCAAACCUUUGGACCAUGAGACCCACCCUUACGUGCUCCUGGUUCUCCAGUGUUCAACAAAUAGCUCUCCUGUUUAUAGCAUCACCCAGGUCAACAUUUCUAUCUCUGACAUCAAUGAUAAUGCACCAGUCUUCCCCCAAAUGAGUGAUACUAUUACAAUUUCCAAAACCGUAAUUCCUGGCACCAUCCUCUUUAUUGCACAUGCGCACGAUUAUGACAGCGGUGCAAAUGGGAGAGUUAAAUACAAACUGGAAAACUCUCAAAAUGGCACAUUCGCUGUUAAUGCUAACUUGGGAACACUAACACUGAAUAAGAGCAUACAACAAGACGCUAAGCUAAAGUACGCACUGGAAAUAGUGGCUGAGGAUGAGGGAGAACCAUCACUUUCAACGACUUUUAGCUUAACCGUCAAAGUAGAACACAACAUUGCGGAAAAUAGUUUAGCUUUUGAGACGCUGAUUUAUCAAGUGGAAAUAGGAGAAAGCUACAGAAAAGAUUCCAGAGUCAUCCAGGUGAGGGCACACCAAAGCAGAGGGUACGCUUUAACUUCUGGUAUAAGCUAUUCCAUUGAAAAUGAAAAUGGCUUCCCUCCAGCUCCUUUCCGCAUCCAUCCCAGGACCGGCUGGUUGUACUUGGCCCAGAGUCUGGACUAUGAGACUGAAACAGCGUAUAGGUUUCAUGUGCUAGCUACAGCAAGCGAUGUGGGACAAGGAAACAUGACCGCGACAGCCACAGUUAGCGUGCUAGUGUUGGAUGUGAACGAUAAUGCCCCAGUGUUCAGCAGGGAGGUGUACUACUUCACAGUGCCAGAGGGGGCAGCACUGCAGGGCCUGGUGGGGUCAGUCCGGGCCACGGAUAAGGAUUCGGGGAACAACGGGAAGCUCUCUUACAUACUGCUGUCAGAUGGAAAGUUCUUCCGGGUCAAUACUAAGACUGGAGAGCUGAUCCACUGGGUGGCGCUGGACCGGGAGCAGCACUCUCAGCACACUGUGAGGGUGAUGGUGACCGACCAGGGUCAACCUCGACUGAACAGCUCCUGCACUGUGCACAUCUUGGUGUCCGACCUCAAUGACAACAGCCCGCAGUUCACCCACCUGCCACACAGCAAGGAUGGCACUGUGCAGAUCUGGGCGGGUGUGCCUACUGGCUCUUUGGUCACCACGGUUUUUGCUAAAGACUUGGACGCUGGUGAAAAUGGAACUGUCACAUUUUCCAUAGACACUGUUCAUGAAGAUGCUCAGACUUUUCCUCACUUUGAUAUGGACAGCAGGAGUGGAGAUAUCAGGACCACACAGUUCUUCAGCCACAGCCCACAGACACACUACACACUGAGGGUCACAGCCAGAGACAGUGGGGCUGUUCCCAUGGAGGAGAGUGCACUCAUUCAUGUACAGGUUCAUGGAGUAGACCCACACUCCCUCCGCUCGUCUCCCAGGAUCCUCAGACGCUUCACAGUGAGAGAGGAUGCAGCAGUGGGGACAGUGGUGGGCUCAGCUGGCCUGUCCGACAAGGGCCCAUUCAACUACAUCAUUUCAGAGGAACAUGGAAACCUCCCCUUUGGCAUCCAUGCUUCAUCUGGAGACAUUUACAUCAGCCAACCUCUGGACUACGAAUCCACCAUGCAGUACUCUUUAUCUGUCCACACUGAAGACACGGACCAGGGACUGAAUAGAUCAAUACUUGUAUGCAUUAUCGUAGAAGACGUCAACGACCACGCGCCAGUCUUUCCCGAUAAAUUCAUCACUUUUGGCCUCCGAGAAGAUGCAAAAGUUGGCUCUCUUGCUUACGCCUUUCAAGCCAGAGAUGGAGACGGGACACUACCAAACAGUGAUCUGAAAUACUCCCUGAAAUAUGACAAAUCUCAUUCAAUGCGCUUUCCAUUCCGCAUUGACCCAAGUUCGGGACGAUUGACGGUAGCUGUGCCUCUAGAUCGUGAAACUAUUGCAAGUUUUGCUUUCACAGUGAUAGUCACGGACCAAGCAGAGAGGAGGGAGGAAAGGAGAAGUGGGGCAGUGACAGUGCAGUUGUUUCUAUUGGAUGUGAAUGAUAAUAGGCCGGUGUUUGUCUCCAUGGAAACGGUACAGGUGAUGGAGGAUGCGGCCGUGGGGAGUCUUCUGCAUCACCUGGUGGCCAUAGAUGGAGACGAGGGGGAGAACGGCCUGGUGUCAUACUACAUUAUCGCGGGGGAUAAAGGGACGUUUACUCUGGAAGAGAAGACAGGCUUGUUGUUUCUCUCCUCCCCUCUGGACUAUGAGACCCAGCGCGCACACCGUCUGACCAUCAGGGCUGUGGACCAGGGCCAUCCCGCCCUCUCCUCCACCCAGACCUUGAGUGUGGAGGUGGGGGAUGUGAACGACCAGCCCCCCCUGUUCAGUCUCCCAGUGUACAACGCCAGUGUGGCAGAGAACAGAGACCCAGGAGAGGCUGUGGUACGUGUCACCGCCUCCGAUGGGGACUCAGAGGAAAAUGCUGCAGUGUGGUACAGUCUACUUCCUGGACCGGGCUAUGAGCUGUUUAGCAUUAACCCAUACACCGGUCUGAUCACCACCACCUCCUACCUGGACCGAGAGGAGCAGCGUCACUACACACUCAGAGUUCAGGCCCGUGACAGCAGCUCGCGGCCCCUUUCCAGCACCUCCACUGUGCUCUGCUCUGUGCUGGACGACAAUGAUAACCCUCCCGAGUUCAUGCAGUCGUCCUUUCAGAUCAGCCUGCCCGAGAAUCUGCGUCCUGGGAUCAUUCACACGGUUCAGGCAGCAGACCCGGACCAUGGGGAGAACGGCACUAUCCACUAUUCCAUACAAGGUGAGGACCACAGAGGACGCUUCACCAUCAACAGUAUCACAGGAGCCAUUAGCACCACACAAGUUCUGGACCGAGAAGAAACCGCAAACUACACUCUCACCAUUCAGGCCCAAGACCACGGACCCCACCCCCUCAGCUCCUCCACUCAGAUCUACAUUCUGCUACUGGACCAGAACGACAAUACACCCACUUUUCCAUUUAAAACUUACCAGGCUUCCAUCAGCGAAGGGUCACCAGUGGGAUCCAAGGUCGUCCAACUUACUGCUUUUGACCCAGAUGAAGGCCCCAAUGGUGAAAUCACGUAUUCUUUGAUGGAGGAUAACAGUCAAGGAGCGUUUUCCAUAGAUCCUUUUACAGGAAUCAUCCGCACUUCCAGACCGCUAGACCGAGAAAGCAGGAGUCAGUAUAACAUCCAUGUGGUAGCUAGUGACGGUUGCACCCAAGGCCCACUCAGAUCGGCAGUUUCACUCACCAUACAAGUUGAAGACGUAAACGACAACACCCCCCUCUGCACCCACAACCCCAUUAACGCCUGGGUCUCCAUGACGAUGCCACCCAAUCACAUCAUAACCACAGUGAUAGCUACAGACAAGGACCAAGGAGAGAAUGGGACGGUUAGAUUUAUGAUAUCCAAUGAGGAGAAUUUAUUUGAUAUCAAUGGAGAUACGGGGGAGGUGUCACUUAGGAGGAGAAUAGGGGUGGGGUUUUCGGGAGCAAAGCUUCACGUGGUGGUGUCCGAUAUGGGGAGGCCACCUCUCACCUCCACCUGCCUCAUUUUCAUUCACUUAUCGGGGGAACAGGAGUGGCUGCAGUUCACAGAGAAAGUGUACAACGCAACGGUGAAGGAGAACAGCAGGGCAGGGACCUGGAUUACAAAAGUUGCAGCCAAUGAUCCAACCAACAGUCGACAGAGAAUCACAUACACCAUAUUCAGUGGCAACGAGAACAAUGUUUUCUCCAUCAAUCGCCACACUGGGGAGAUUCGCGUACAGAAGGAUAAUUGUCUGGACUUUGAGCUGGGUCCCAGUGUGGAGCUGGUGGUGCUGGCUGACAGUGGACUGCAGAGUGCUCACAGCAGAGUGUCCAUCACCCUGCAGGACGUCAAUGACAACACACCCCUGUUUGAACACACCAGCUACAGGACGGCCGUGUGGGAGGGCCAGGUCCACGACACCUAUGUUAUGCAGGUAUAUGCCUCAGAUGCGGACAGUGGGCUAAAUGGGCAGAUAGAAUACUCCAUCAUAUCUGGCAACCACAACAACGCCUUCAUCCUGGACUCAGUGAGAGGAAUUCUGGCCACUAAUGUUGUGCUGGACCGAGAGAUCACCAGUUCAUACAAAUUGGUUUUACAGGCAGCAGACAAAGGAAACCCAUGCUUCAGCAGCACGGCCACUGUCAGGGUCCAAGUGGUGGACGUGAAUGACAACAGUCCUGUCAUACCACCCAUGGAGCCUGUGCUCAUACCUGAGAAUCUCCCGGCUGGCUACAUGGUGACACAGGUGACUGCUAAUGACGUGGACCUGAGCUCAUCCAUUACUUACAGUUUGGAUAACAGCAGCAGCAGUGGUCCCUUUGCCAUUAACUGUUACACUGGAGUCAUCACCAUGACCCAAGCACUGGACUAUGAGACACAGACAGAAUACGUGCUAACUGUGAGGGCAUCUGAUUCCCUCCACCACACCACAGGAGAGGUCAAAGUUCAGGUGCUUGACGUCAAUGACAACGCUCCUGUCUUCACCCAAGUUUCAUACCAGGUGGAGUUGUCUGAGUUUGUUCCUGCAGAAACAUUUGUCUUGUCUGUGUCUGCGUCCGACAAAGAUUCAGGACCCAGAGGAGAGGUCAUCUACAGACUGCUGUCAUCUCCUCUACAAGGUUUCUACAUCCUCCCAGAUUUGGGGUCAAUUUUCACCAACAAACCCCUAAAAUCCAUCACCAACAGCAAUGUGGUGCACCUCUUGGUUGAAGCACAAGACCAAAGUGACCCAAUACGCUCUAGUGUGGCCUCCAUCGAAGUUCAGAUCGUGGAUAGCAAUGAUCAUGCACCAAUGUUCCACCAAGACAUUUACACUCUGACCGUCCCAGAAGACACACCCACCGACACCACCUUACUCACCCUCUCUGCCGAUGACGAAGACUGGAGUCCAGAGAAUACCCACCUGGACUACGCUAUCAUCGGGGGCAACGAGGAAAAGCGAUUCUGUCUUGAAGUCAAAUUGAUUCAAGUUGAGAAUCAGUUGCGAAACGUUGCCAAGCUAGUUCUCUGUAACCCUUUGGAUCGGGAAACUACAGAAGCGUACUCUUUAACUGUUAGCGUUUCCGAUCGGGGAAGACCACCCCUGAACAGUACUUCUUUUGUUAUGGUGUCUGUAACUGACUGCAAUGACAACGCUCCAAAGUUUUCCAGCACAGAAUAUCACGUCCAAGUGAGUGAAAACAGCCUCACUGGAACUAGCCUGGUCAAAGUACACGCCCAUGAUCCUGACUUCGGAGCCAACGGUCUUGUGAGAUACACUAUUGUUUCCGGUAAUAGCAAACAACACCUUACAAUUGACUCCCAAUCUGGCGUUUUAGCUAUUAACCAAUCACUCGACUAUGAGGAAGAUUCAAAGUAUACCGUGACUAUUCGAGCUUCUGAUGGCAGCGAAACAUCGGAUGAACGCAAUGUCGCUUUCGCUGUGAUCUAUGUUACUGUACUGGACGAAAAUGACAACGAUCCUUACUUCAUGUUCCCAACUGUAAAUUGUUCUGUGCUUGAGAAUCUACCGGCGUUUACCCACACUUGCUCCGUCAACGCAAUGGACAACGACUCUGGCCCCUACGGUCAACUGACAUAUUCCAUCUUGACAUCCUGCUUCAUGGAUUACAGUAUUGUAAACCCAGAUUAUAAAGAAGCAUUCGGCAUUGACAGCUAUACCGGAGACAUUCACACCAGGCAAACCUUUGACUAUGAACGUGAAAAUGAGUAUUGCUUUAUAGUCGAAGCUAGAGAUAAAGGUGACAAGGCAGCCACCAUAAGAGUUCAAGUAGCUAUCAAAGGAGUUGACGAAUUUAGCCCGAUCUUCAUGCAAAAACAGUACUAUUUUCUUCUCAGGGAAAACGUCAAACCUGGAGAGACCAUUGGCUUUGUGAUGGCGAUGGAUCAUGACAGAGGGAUUGAUGGACAAGUGGAAUAUGCGUUUCUCCACCCAUCACAAUUUUUCUUGAUAAACAAAACAACUGGUGCAAUUUUGGUGAAUGAUCCAGUAUUUCGUAAAAGAGGUAGUUAUGGAAAUGACGAUAUGGUGGAGUUAACUGUGUCUGCAAGCAGUCCCAAGCUUGGUUCUCGGACUACGACAUGUCCAGUUUACGUCAAUAUUUCCAAUUCCAUAGAAGCGCUAACUGGAGUACCGCUCAAUGGGCACGUUCUCAGUCUGGGCAUUUCGUUACUGUUGGUCCUUCUCAUUUUAGUAAUCUUCGUAGGGUUAGUUCUGUCAUAUAAACUAAAAGAUACAGCAGUCAAGAAGGCAUCUGCCAUUGCUUCAAGUUUGAAUCAAAGCCCAGGAUCAUUCUACAGCUCCAGUGAACAAUCUCAAAGCAUUAUCUGCCUGCAUGAAGUCAAACAUCCCAGUAUUCAAGUGGUAAGGAAGGACCUCCCCAAACAGUACAGCCCUUCAGACUCUAGUGGGCGUGGGUCAGCUGAAGGUGAGACCGCUGAGGACCAGGAGAUUAAGUGGAUCAACAAUUUAUCUUUUUCUAAAGGAGAGGCAACACACGAAACUUCAGAAAACCAUGAUUCUGCAUUACCUGGAGACAAUAUUUCAAAUAAUUCUGUCAAACCUGUCCCAGAACACUUGCUAACUUCAUGUCCAAUUUCUGGGUUUGCUAGCACUGAAAGUUUACAUCAUUUUAAAGAGGAGGGCGGAGGCGAAGGUCUGCUCCCAGCGAUCGUCCAGUUUGCCGAUCUGGAGGAGAGCAUGGGGACACGAGGUUAUGCUCCCCUUUCGGAAGCUGUGGAUUCUUUGUCAUCUCUGGUUGGUUUAGAAGAGCAAGUGCAGGGUAGCUACGCUUGGGACUACCUUCUUGACUGGGAGCCUCAAUACCACAUGCUAGCUUCAGUGUUCACAGAUAUUGGAAUGCUCCCUGAUGAGGAGCUCCAAGGUGGCUGUGAGAGUUUGGCCUCUGAGGCGAGCUGUCUCAUGCACCCUCCCCCUCUAAUCACUGCAGUAGCUCAGCCCGGUUUAAGGACAGUACCUCCCAGGAAACCAAGCCGUGCACACAGUCUUAGUAGGAAGCCAUCUUACCCUAGAUACUGCUACUCCCCCUUAGCAAGAAACACUGGACUAACCCCCACGGCAAUGACCCCUACCUUUUCCCCGUCCCUGACCUCACUGAGUGUCCGGACACCCAGCGCUUCACCUGUGGUUUCGGACACUGGGGUGGGGGGCAUCAGGCUAGAAGCAGGUCCUCCCACUGCAAGCCUGUUGGAGACUGAAAUACAAGUGUAGAUAUGGACAGAUUACAUUUUAUUACGGAAGAUUAUUGGUAAAUGUGUUAUAUAUGAGUAAUUUUUAAAUAAAUGUGGUCAUGUUGGAUUCAGUGGAACUAUUCAGCUACUGACUUUAAAGGGGACUGUCAAAUCUGGAGCUGUUUGGAGCUUUUAACUUUGUCAUAAUGUUGUUCCUUCAUCCUUAGCUUUCUCAAAGUUACAUUUCACUGCAUGUUUGAGUAAUCAUUUAUCCUGUAUUUGAGACUUGGGGGCUCUGAAAAUGUCUGUUUUCACCCACCCCCUAUGCUUGCCCACUUUUCUGUAUUUAUUCAUGAUUAUUCCAAACUUAGACUCCAGGCAGGUCACCUAGAGUUUUUCCAACCAUAACAUAAUUUUGAAUAGGAAGUUAAUGAACCUGUUUCUGUUCGCAAGCAGUUAUAACAGAAUAAUGCUUUUUACAAUGAACAGUUUAGUUUUAUACUAAAUGCCAGAGGAGGAAACUAGAGGAUAUUAAAUUUAAAUUAAUGCAUGUUUUUAUUUGUCAGUACAAUAGAAAAUAAUAUUAAAAUGUGAAAUAACUGGUCGCAGCUUUAACUGCAGUAAAAUACCAACAUAAAUUUGUUCAAGCGUUUCUUAUAUUCUAUGCUAACUUACUCAGGAUGCUUUGGUUUAAUAUUAUUUCUUGAUAUAAAACAAAUGGGCUUAUAACUUCUUCUCUGGUCUUAUAAAUCCAUAUUUUAGUGAUACUGCAUGUAACAGAAUUGGAUUCAUAUCAUUUCAAAGUGAUCAAUCAGUCAAUGCGGUUUUAUAUUUUUAUAAUGAGCCACUUUAAAGAAAAGCAGACAUUAAAUAUGUUCUGAAAUAUUUAUUGAGUACUUUUGUUUAUGUGAGCAGAAAAUGAAACACUUGGCUUUGGGUGGAGCUUUUGACCACAAUGGCUGUUACUAAA